GCCCUCCCCAAUCCUAAGCUAAGACUUUUGAGGUGGACAAGGAGGAAUUAGAGGGGAUAGAACAACCAAAGGAGGAAGCAAGUCAGUCCGCUUCAGUCUCUGUGCCCGUCUCUAUCCACUCGUCCAUCCCGUGGCAGGUCAGUCACAACUAGAAGGGGAAUCAACACUUUUGCGACCCUCCCCCUACCACGUGAUCCAAGGUACAGGGCUACCUGCAUCCAUUUCUCUGUCAGCAAAGCACAGGGAAAGCCGGCAAAAUUUCUUACCUUGAGGAACUUGACAGGGAAGCGUCUGACGACGAGAUGGGUAGCGGAGCGAGUGCAGAAGAUAAGGAAAUGGCCAAGAAGUCCAAAGAGCUGGAAAAACAGCUCCAGGAAGAUGCUGAUAAAGAAGCCAAGACGGUCAAGCUUCUGCUGCUGGGUGCCGGUGAGUCAGGGAAGAGCACCAUUGUAAAACAGAUGAAAAUUCUCCAUCAAGGUGGUUAUACGAGAGAAGAACAAAUGGAGUUUCGAUCUAUUAUUUUUGGCAAUAUUCUGCAGUCUGCUCUGGCCAUCAUCAGAGGCAUGGAGAUGCUGGACAUCAACUUUGGGUCACCAGCAGCACAGGAGGACGGUCAGAAGCUCCAGAACCUGUCUGACUCCAUUGAGGAGGGCACCAUGCCUCCAGAGUUGGCAGACGUCAUCAAGAGGCUAUGGAAGGAUUCAGGCGUGCAGGCCUCUUUUGAAAGAGCUGCUGAGUACCAGCUGAACGACUCCGCUGGAUACUACUUGAGUGAAAUGGACAGAAUCUGCAAACCUGACUACCUCCCUACUGAGCAGGAUGUGCUGAGAUCUCGAGUCAAGACUACUGGUAUCAUUGAGGAAAAUUUCUCCUGCAAAGAGCUCCACUUCAGGAUGUUUGAUGUGGGCGGCCAGAGGUCCGAGAGGAAGAAGUGGAUUCAUUGUUUCGAAGGUGUGACUUGCAUCAUCUUCUGUGGAGCCCUGAGCGCUUACGACAUGGUGCUGGUAGAAGAUGAUGAAGUGAACCGCAUGCACGAGAGUCUCCAUCUCUUCAACAGUAUCUGCAACCACAGGUUCUUCGCCACAACUUCCAUUGUGCUUUUCCUCAACAAGAAAGAUCUCUUCCAGGAGAAGAUCAAGAAAGUCCACCUGAGCAUCUGUUUCCCUGACUAUGAUGGUCCAAACACAUAUGAAGAUGCCAGCAACUAUAUCAAGACUCAAUUUCAGGAUCUGAACAUGAAGAAGGGCGUGAAGGAGAUCUAUGCACACAUGACCUGUGCCACAGACACAAAGAACGUCGAGAUCGUGUUUAACGCUGUGACAGACAUUAUCAUCAAAGAAAACCUUAAGGACUGCGGUCUGUUCUAAACACUAUCGACUUUUUCAAAGUUAUUUUCCAGAUCUUUCUGCCCCAUCCCCACCUGAAUGAUUGGAUUUACUCUGAUGAAGUUGCCACGGUAACAAAAGAACAUCCACAGGUGGCAUGAAGGUGAACUCUACAGCAAGCAGUCAAGUGUGGUCAGCGGAUCCCCGGGCAAAAAACAACCUCAACAUAACAACCAAACCUCAGAGACUAGAUCCAGAUUAGACUAAUGGCCUCUGCUCUCUAAAGGGACUCUAAAAAACAUUUCCUGACAAACUUCAAACUGCUAGUAGAGUCAAUAAGAGAAGGAUUACCAAAGAAAGGGGACUUUUGAUGCUAUGAGUUAAUGAUGCUUGUAGAGAAGCUCCUCUCACUGUGUUUUAACGUUAAACCUAUAGAGGUUUGACUGUUAGAUGUUUUUUUUCCAUUCAUUUCCAGAGAAAUAAAAGUAAAUUUAAUGCAAUUAAAUUCUGAUGUAAUAAAGACAUUGUAGUGGAACAUCAGAUCCCAUGCUAACAAUUAGAAACACGUACAGUGCUGCGCAGCGUCUGGUCUCCUUUGAGAGAGAAAAAACUUGCAUAUCAUCAAGACCUGAUUGUUUGAAUUUAACCAGCUCACACAAUAUGUGAAAGAUGUUUCUUUUUCAGCCCCAAACAUAGUAGGGCAGUAUGUUUUGUAAAUAAAUGUAGGCAAAAAAAAUCUGUUUCCAGAAGAUUCUAAAUAAAACAUAUAUGGAGACAUAAAUAUAUAUUUAUGAUACAGUAUUACAGUUACAAGUGAAAAUUCUAGAAUGGCCUGGUGCUUUGUUUUAAACCUGAGGUCUGAAUUUGUGGAGAUGUUCUGGAAUGUAAAUGUAGGCACAUGAAAUAAAGACUUGCAUCAAUUCCACUGGUUGCUGGUGUCAGAUUACUAUUAUGUGCUGCAAUUGUCUGGCCAUUAGCACUACUGUAAUUGUGCACUUACAUUGUUUUAAUUGGGAAUUUCAAACACUGACCCUCUAUGUCAGAUCUAAUUUUGAAUGAACCACAGUACAAAACACGCUUUUUGCUAAGAGCAUUAUAUAAUCAAAAAAGGGGUGUCUUUAUGACAGCUAAAAUUAGUAAAGAUAUCCAACAAUCAUGAGACUACACAUAAUAUACAUUUAGAGCCAUAGGCACAAUCAGAAAAACAAUCGGAAAAGUAGGAAAUAAAAGAGCCAAAAAUGGCAAUUGCACAAUAUUAUAUCAAAUACACGGUCUCAUUAAAAUAUGACAUGGUGAAAUACAUUUAGGUAUGAUUCAGUAUACUUGUCUUCACUGUUUGAACUUUGAAGACUGAAAAGAUAAAAUAAUCUUUCAUCCAUUGUUUCAAAAAAUAGAUUAUUUUCAAAUGAUGUGUUGUUAAUUUCUGAUUCUGAUUAUGUAUAUGUUUCCUUAAAGGUUUGCAUAUGUAUUUUCCUCAAAACUGCAGCAAUUGGUGACACGGUACUAUGGACAAUUAUAGAUGAUCAGAAACAACCGUUAAGAACGGAAAAGAAAAAACAUUUUUAAAUAAUACUAAAAAAAUGAAAAUAUGAAAAGGUAUAACCAAGUUUUCAGUGCUAUCAUUACCGUUAGUUGUUCAUUUGCACUUUCAUGUUUAAAAUAGUUGAAACUGAUAUAAAAAGGAAACCACAGAUUGUUGAAUGAAUCCAGACUAAUUCAUUGAGUACAUCAAUGUUCCAGUACUGGAAUAUGUGGAUAUUGGCUGUCUUGCAAAUAGUGGUGACUCUGGCUAUGUGGCAUGUUCUGGGAGCAAGAUGCUAUGGACAUCUAGUGUUAAACUAAUGGAAACCCUUUUCAUAUUAAAUACAGGUAUUACAAACCAGAUCACAUUGUGUCAGUUUGUUUAAAAAUA